UUUUCUGAAACGAGAGGGAAGGCGAAAACGUAAAAGGAAGAAACGAAAAGAAAAAGAAAAGAAAAAGGAGCAGGAAGAAUUAGAACAUUUCUUCUUCAGAAAUAGUACACUCAUUUUCCGCAAAACACUCAUUUUUAAUCAACGGAUGAUGACUAUGGAUGUGCAAAUUUCAGAGGACAGUGGUGCUAGAAGAUUAGAAUCAUCUGCAAUAGGACAAGUUAGUACUUCUGAAGCUGACCGAACCCAAGAACCAUAUGAGGGUAUGAUAUUUGAAUCUGAAGAAGCUGCCAGAGCUUACUACGAUGAGUACGCUGGACGGGCAGGAUUUAUAACCCGUGUUCUGUCAUCUCGCAAGUCAGAGCGUGAUGGGUCAAUUAUAUCACGCGGACUUGGUUGUAGAGGGAUACCAGAUAAUCAAAGGUCAGGAAGCAUUGCAAAUCAAAAGCGAGAUAGACGGCGUGAUGGUUGUACGGCAAUGAUCCUAGUCAAAAGAGAGAAGCCCGGUACGUGGGUGGUCAGAAAAUUUGUUAGGGACCACAAUCAUCCCUUGGUUAUAUCACCUUCCAAGAGACGUCCAACUUUUGAUGAGAAAGAUAAAAAAAUUCAGGAAUUAACAGCAGAACUUCGGAUCAAGAAACGACUAAGUGCAGCAUACCGAGAACAGCUGCUUAGUCUCAUGAAAGACGUGGAUAGCCAUAGUGAACAUAUGUCUACAAAAGUUCAAGCUGUUCGUAGAAUUCUUAAAGAACUUGAAGCUAAAAAACAGGAGCUUUCAAAUCACAGUAGACACCAUAAGUAGGCUUCAUCCUGGGAAUAUUUCCUGCCGCUAGCAAACUUGCAAAGUGCUGCCUUUGUCUUUUUACAUGUGUAAAGAUCUGGACAUGCACACCCUUUCCAAAACCUCUACAGCAACCUGAAUCUUGAUUUGUGAUUUGUUCGUUGUCUUGCAUGUGUAGAAAACCUAGCAGUAGUGUUGCCACUUAGAAUUUAUACCCCUUUUGAAGGAGAUUAUGAUGGAACUGGUUAAAGCCAAAGUUGGUGUAACUGAAGUCAUGAGUUGAAAGCUGAUAUAAGCUUGUCCUUUUGGCUGGGCAGCGGCUUCAUUAAGUUCUAGCGAAGAGGAUGGGUGCAGCCACCAAGCAAUUCAAGAGAGAGAGAGAGAGGAAGAUUUGUCAAAUAAAUUUGCAUUACUUUUUCGCCUUUGAUUGAUGUGGGAGUUUCUGAAUUGAACUCCUGGUACAUGAUUUCUGUACUUAAGUCUUACAAUUUCUUGCGCACGAAUCAGGAGCCUGUUCAGAAGUUGUACUUCCAUAUGUAUUAUGUUAUAUGAUGAUUAGAGGGGUUGGUUCUUGAUGAUA